AUGGACCUGCUGCCCCGCAGCCCCGGGGAGUUCGGCUCAGCCCGGUACUGGGAUCGGUUCUUCCGGCAGCGCGGGCAGCGACCCUUCGAGUGGUACGGGGCCUUCCCGGAGCUCUGCCCGGUCCUGCACAAGUACAUCCGGCCCCGCGACAAGGUUCUGGUGGUGGGCUGCGGGAACUCGGAGCUGAGCGAGCAGAUGUACGACGUGGGGAUGUGCGAGGACAUCGUGAACGUCGACAUCAGCGACGCAGUGAUCCGUCAGAUGCAAGAGCGGAGUGGGAGCAAGAGGCCGAAGAUGAGCUACCUGCUGAUGGACAUGCUUCAGAUGGACUUCCCUGAUGCCCACUUCCAGGUGGUCCUGGACAAAGGCACGCUGGAUGCCAUCCUCACGGACGAAGAGGAGGCCACUCUAGCCAAGGUGGACAAGAUGUUUGCCGAGAUCAGCCGAGUCCUGCAGGUAGGAGGGCGCUACCUCUGCGUCUCGUUGGCUCAAGCCCAUGUGCUGAAGAAAGCGGUGGAAUACUUCUCCCAGGAAGGUUGGGUCGUGCGUGUCCAUCAGGUGGCCGGCAGUGGGGACAAGCAGCAGUUUGUCCUACCAGUCUUUGUCUACGUCAUGACAAAGUUCAGGAAGAUCCCUGGCUCGGCACCGCAGAUCCUUGAGAUCUGCCCCGAGGAGCAGGACAAGCCGACGCGGGUGGAGAACGCGGAGCGGCUGGUGGCGGCGGUGAAGGACAGGCAGCAUUACGCCCUGCUCUGCAGCCAGCUGAGCAAAACCCCUUGCGGGGAGCAGGUUUCCCUGGAUCUGUGCGACAAAGAGAGCGGGAGGCCUCGCUACACGCUGCAUGUGGUUGACAGCCCCUCGGUGAAACCUUCCCGGGACAAUCGCUUCGCCAUCUUCAUCAUCCCGCAGGGCAGAGAAACCGAGUGGCUCUUUGGGACGGAGGAAGGGCGGAGGCAGCUGGCCACCAGCGCGGGCUUUGGGCGCCUGGUCACUGUGGCCCUGCACAGGGAGCAGCACUACGAGGGCAUGGCCGGCAUCCAGGCGGAGCUGUCGGGGAAGGUGAUGGAGCUGGCCCCGCCGGGCCUCCCUGCCCGGCAGCAGGUGCCCUUCCUGUCUGUGGGAGGGGACAUCGGGGUGCGGACAGUGCGGCACCGUGACACCAGCCCCCUGAGCGGGGAGUACGUCGUGGAGGACGUGAAGGGGGACGGCACCUGCUACUUCCGACGCCUCAUCUUCCUCCGCAACAGGAAUGUGGUGCAGUCAGAGGCUCGGCUCCUGGCCCCCGGGCCUCUCCCAGGCCAGAAGAAACGGAGGAAGGACAAGAAGAAACCCAGCCCCACUGAGCCACCCGCAGCCAUCGACAAGAGCUACCUGUGCUGCGAGCACCACAAGGCCAUGGUUGCAGGGCUCUGCCUGCUGGGGGGCCCCGACCCCCUCCCAGGAACCCCACUGGCGGUGCUGGUGGUGGGGCUCGGCGGGGGCAGCCUGCCCCUCUUCAUCCACGACUACUUCUCACAGGCCCGCGUGGCUGUGGUGGAGAUCGACCCCUCCAUGCUGGAGGUGGCCACGCGUUGGUUUGGCUUCUCCCAGGGCGACCGGAUGCGGGUGCAUGUCUCCGAUGGCCUGGACUAUGUGGCCAAGCUGGCAGCUGAAGGUACCGUCUCGCAGAGCAUCCCACCCCAGUACGACGCCGUCAUGUUCGAUGUGGACAGCAAAGACCUCACGGUGGGGAUGAGCUGCCCGCCCCCAGCAUUCGUGGAAAAGCCCUUUCUGCAGAACGUUAAAACCAUCCUCAAGCCAGAAGGAGUCUUCGUGCUCAACUUGGUGUGCCGCGACACCCGGCUGAAGGAGUCUGUCCUGGCCACUCUCAGGGAGGUCUUUCCGCUGCUCUACGUGCGCCGCAUUGAAGGGGAGGUCAACGAGAUCCUGUUCUGUCAGCCGAGCCCCGAGGGCCAGCGGGACCCCACAGAGCUGGGGGCACGUGCCCGGGCACUGGAGGGGACCCUGCGGCAGCCUGGGCGCCCCUGGGACAGCUCAUAUGUGCUGGCAGACAUGCUGCAGGCUGUCAAGAUCCUCUGAGAGGGGCUCUGAUGCCACUUGAACAAGAGAGAGGUCCUUGUGUGGGUGCUGUGGCCGUGCAGCGGAGGGGUCCGCAUGGCUGGGACUGCCGCCCUUGGGGGGCUGAUGCUGGCCUGGGUCUGCCUGAAGGAUGGGACUGGCAUGGAGAGGGGCUCCCUGGGAAGGGGUCCAGGACCGUGGAGGGCUCUGCAGCCCAAGGGGCAGCAUUGGGCUGGUGAGGGGAGGAAGGUGCUGCCGGACUGGCAGGAGUGUGGAUUUGGGUCUGUCCCCAUUGCUUUCCCGUUGUGGGAAAAACAUACCUCUGACCGUCCCUUUCCCCUCCAGCACGGGUCCUUCCCUCCGAUGCUGCCUCUUCCCCCCAUCUCCAGCAUCCCUGGUCACUGGUGCCUAUGCAGAGCCCCAGCCCUGCCCCAAGCCUGGUUGUGGAUGUGUGUGGGUGGGCUGAGAGCUGUGAAAAUAAAGUGCUCAGGCCUGCUCGG